GGACUGCGGUGAUAAACAAACACACGCAGUGCUGUCGUUAGUGUCUUGUCGAGCUCUGUUGCUACACUUUGGCAGCACCAGCUGACUUUCAGGAGAGCUGACCUUCUUCACGGACCAAGCAUUAAAGUCAAGACCGGGUUAAAAAAAAUCCAGGACUUUAUCUAAUAAAACCCCAGGAUUGGUGUCCCCUUCUUCCUCCCUACCUCCCUCCCUCCUCCCCCUCGGUGUCGGCUUAUGUGACACAUUAACGUCCCGGGCAGCGAAACGAGCGAAACAUGACGGAGCUGAGAAAGCGAGGCGGAGGCGGAGAAGACCCUGACAGCACCGAGAAUAUCAGCGAUAAGGAGGCCGAUGGGGAUGACAGGCUGGGCUUGCAAGGUGAUGCAGAGGGAGAAUGUGAUGGUGACUCCAAAGCAGACACGCCAGAUGUUCCUCUCCCCACAGCAGACACAGACAACACUCCACAAUACCUGAACAAAGCUCUGGAGGGCCUGCCGCCCAGAUGGAAGAACUACUGGAUACGAGGAGUUCUGUCUUUAGCCAUGAUUUCAGGCUUUUUUCUCAUCAUCUAUAUGGGACCUGUCGCUCUUAUAUUAGUGGUCAUGACUGUCCAAAUCAAGUGUUUCCAAGAAAUCAUCACCAUCGGCUACAGAGUUUACCAUUCCUAUGAGCUGCCUUGGUUCAGGACACUAAGCUGGUACUUCCUGAUUUGCGUCAACUACUUCUUCUAUGGGGAAACUGUUGCGGAUUACUUUGGGGCUCUGGUGCAGAGGGAGGAACCUCUGCAGUUCCUGGCUCGCUAUCACCGCUUCAUCUCCUUCGCUUUGUACCUCGCAGGUUUCUGCAUGUUUGUGCUGAGUUUAGUGAAGAAACAUUACCGCCUGCAGUUUUAUAUGUUUGCUUGGACCCAUGUGACCCUUUUGAUUGUGGUAACUCAGUCCCACCUUGUCAUUCAGAACCUGUUUGAAGGAAUGAUCUGGUUCAUUGUCCCGAUCUCCAUUGUGAUAUGCAAUGACAUUAUGGCCUAUCUGUUUGGAUUCUUCUUUGGGAGGACUCCACUGAUCAAGCUCUCACCUAAGAAGACAUGGGAGGGCUUCAUCGGAGGUUUCUUCGCCACUGUGGUCUUUGGCUUUAUCCUGGCCUACCUCCUGUCUCAGUUCCAGUACUUUGUAUGUCCUGUGGGCGUCAACAGUGAGACCAAUGGGUUUACAGUUGAAUGUGAGCCUUCUGAUAUAUUUGUGAUGCACGAAUACACUCUUCCUGCUGUGGUACAAAACAUACUGAGAUGGAAAACGGUAAACCUGUACCCCUUCCAGAUCCACAGCAUCUUCCUCUCGUCCUUCGGGUCUCUCAUCGGACCUUUCGGCGGCUUUUUUGCCAGCGGCUUCAAGCGAGCCUUCAAAAUCAAAGACUUUGCUAACACCAUCCCCGGCCACGGUGGCAUCAUGGAUCGAUUCGACUGUCAGUACCUGAUGGCCACCUUCACACAUGUCUAUAUAGGCAGCUUCAUCAGGGGACCAAACCCAAGCAAGGUGCUACAGCAGCUGAUGAUGCUUCGGCCUGAACAGCAGCUCAGCAUUUUCCACACUCUGCACUCCCAGCUGAGAGAGAGGGGGAUGCUCCCCCAAGCUGCUGCCCAGGCUGAGUGAAAGACGGCCAGCUUCACAGGGUGAUGACUGCAGAGUGUGUGAUGGUUUGGAAAGUUUGUGUAAGCAUGUACACACACACACACACACACACACACACACACACACACACACACACACACACACACUCUUAGGUAUGGCUGUAUGGUGUGUGAUCCCAGGCCUCUCACAGAGCGUCAUCCUGCCGACUCUUCAUUUGACAUCCAACCAGCUCAUAAUCAAGACGUUGAACCUGAGGUGACUCUCCAGUGUACGUGGAAUAACCUCGUAAUAAAAAAACACAAUACCAACGACAACAAAAUAGGCGGCUUUGUUGUUUUCCACUUGGACCAGCACAUAAUCAACACCCUUCACGAGUGAACAGGCAGUCCCCAUCCUAAAAACGUACGGACUGAAGAUAAAAUGUCUUAUCGAACAAAACGGACCCUAAAGCACAUGGCUUUCUCAGUGCAGGUGGACGGUGGAUGUGCAGUUUCCCUGUGGACAGACGAUAUUGCACUGACUUAAGCUGAACAAAAGGAUUUAAAAAGCUUUUUACCAGCAUAAACUGGGCCCAAAGUGUUGGGCACGUGGACCUGAGGUACAGCAAACAGACUGUUGAGACUUGUCUUUCUGGGGUUUGGGUGUGGGCAAAGCAAUGAUGCAGCAGGGUUGUCAGAAUACUACAGUAUAGACACUGUUUUAUAUACUACGCUCUAUUUAAUGGUCCUAACCUCACAGCUUAACAAAACAUGUAGCAUGUACGCAAGUCCUGCCUUGGGAUACAGCUAACUUAGCCAUGUUUAUUCUCUUCUUCCACAGAGGGAACUUUAAGCUUUUAGGUUUAUGUCUAAAUCUAAAUAACUCGCACAAAUAAAGUCAAUCCAGAUUGACUGUAGGCAUGUUAACGCAAAAACUAGAGCAUCAGCACUCAAGUUAAUGUAUUGUACAUAAAUAUACUGAAGAUAUUUAGCUGCACAAAUACGUAAUACAUACUAUAACUGAAAAAAACACUUUUUAAGCUAUGAAAAAUGAUAUGCAAAAAAGAGAUAUAACUCAUUUGUAGCCUUUAGCAUGAACAAAUUAGAUUUUUAUGAGGUAAGGAUGUAGAUUUGAUCCGAGGUUGCUGCUCAUUUAGAGGGUGUGCUGGGUGAACCUAUACGAGAGAUAAAAAAAAAAAAAAAAAGUAUUUAAAGGAAUAGUUUGACAUUUGGAAAAUACACUUAUUGUUGCCGAGAAUUAGAUCAGAAGAUCAACACCAAUCUCAUGUCUGUGUGUUGGGUAUGUAGCUUGAGCCGUGAGUUAAAGUGCUCA